AGAUGCAGGUAAUUACGAAACCGCCACAACAAGAAUUUUGGGGGAGAGAUGCAGAAGCAGCAGGGCAAGCACGGCGGGGGAGCUUCCGCCACUCCGGCGGCGAAGAGGGGACGCGCCACCGUCUCCGGUAACUCCGCCGCCGCAGCAUCAGCCGAUACCGCGGCGGCGCCUUCAUCCCUCCUUGGCCCGUCUCUUCAAGUUCACUCCACCUUCGCCGAUCAAAAUAACAAGAGGAUAGUUCUCGCUCUGCAAAGUGGAUUAAAGAGUGAGCUGACAUGGGCAUUGAAUGCUUUGACAUUGCUUUCGUUCAAAGAGAAGGAGGAAGUGCGCAAAGAUGCAACCCCUCUUGCCAAAAUACCCGGGUUGCUUGAUGCUCUUCUUCAAGUUAUAGAUGAUUGGCGAGACAUAGCCCAACCGAGGGACUUUCUAAAGACCCAACGGGUGAGAUUGUUAGCAAACACUGUUGUGACAGGGUUUGGGAAUGAAUACGAGGCUUUGAACUCAAAUGAUGCUGUUUCUAAUCCUAGAGUGGUACCUAGUUCUCCUGUUACAGAGGUAUCUGUGCAGAAGAAUAGGAAGAGAACUCGUCCACCGCUAUGGUGGUUAGAUGAGGAUGGCUUGUUUAAUUUGAAUGAUGAAGGACGUUCAGAGAAUCAACAAUGUGCUGUUGCUGCUUCAAAUAUUAUCCGCAACUUCUCUUUCAUGCCAGAAAAUGAAGUCAUAAUGGCACAGCAUCGUCAUUUGUUGGAGAUGGUCUUUCAGUGCGCUGAGGAUCACAUUACAGAAGAUGAGGAACUUGUUACUAAUGCCCUCGAGACAGUUGUAAAUUUGGCUCCUCUUCUGGAUCUUCGAAUCUUUAGUUCGUUGAAGCCCUCAUUCAUCAAAAUAACGGGAAAACGAGCCGUCCAAGCCAUCAUGGGGAUGCUGGGAUCUUCCGGCAAAGCCUGGCAUUGUGCAGCUGCAGAGUUACUUGGGCGUUUGAUAAUAAAUCCUGAUAAUGAACCUUUCGUCCUUCCUUUUGGCCCACAGAUUUAUAAGCGUUUAGUUGAGCUUUUGAGCUUUCCAGCUAUAGAUGCACAAGCUGCGGCUGUUGGCGCACUUUAUAACCUUGCAGAAGUGAACAUGGACUGUCGUCUGAAGCUUGCUAGUGAGCGGUGGGCAGUUGAUCGACUGCUGAAAGUGAUCAAGGCACCACAUCCAGUGCCAGAAGUGUGCAGGAAAGCAGCAAUAAUAUUGGAGAGCCUCGUCUCGGAACCACAGAACAAGGCCCUGCUUCUAGCUUAUGAGAAUGCAUUUGCAGAGAUACUCUUCUCCGAUGGAAGGUAUUCCGACACAUUUGGCAGGAUAUUGUAUGAAUUGACCUCUCGACAGGGCAACAAAGUGGUGACUGCCCGUGGUGUAUGGGGAAUGUAAUUGAAACCCUGUCUCAUCUGCAUCUUUCUCUUUCUAGCUUAGUGGAACUUUGAGUCACGGGAUUCAAUUGACAUUGCACUGCAAAGGUUAACUAGCAUGUAUUCUUCUGAAGUAAUCGACUAUUUAAGGAUGUAUAUAUACAUGGUGGUUUUAUUUCCGGUCA